UAAGUGGAUGCUGAGGACAGAUUACCGAGGCAUUUGUUAUAAUAAAGCGUGAGGCCGUGGGAAGAGGCGUGACAGGUGAGGUGGGAGGAGGUGGGCGUGGCCAGCCAAGCUCCUCCCACAACCGCCGUCCUACAGGCUGCCUCGUCAGUGAUUCUCUCGCUGUCGCCAGAAGAGGACGUGGGCUUGCCUUCUCUGUAACCAGUGAAAACUUAUCCAAGUGACUUUAGCUUUUGAUCCUCACUCAAGAUGUUCUCAAAAUUGAAUAUAUAGAAAAUAGAAAGGUCUGGUCCUGCUCCUCCUCGCUACCAAAAAUGUGGCGCAAAAACGAUGGCGAUGACAAAUACGUCAUCUAGCCAAGGAAACCCUCACCCUGAGUCGGCCGGAACGUACCCCUCGCUGCCUCGGUAGCUUAGGCGACGAAGCGUGUGGCAAGUAGUGAAACAUUCUGAAAAAAGUCUCAGUACGGGAUAACACUUCUUUUUACAGCUUCGAAAACGAGACACUGUGUCACCAUGUCGCCCUCAGUCCCCUUCACGGAGAUGGUGCACGCCAGCUACAUAGGCCCGACACUUGAGGACAAUAUGUCAUUUUUUGGUCCCAUGGACCUCACCACUCCAGGCGUCAUCGAAAUACUCGGCAACGCUUCCCAGCCAACGCUCGAGCGAAACAUGUCCGCCGUCGACAGAAACAGCGGGUGGAUGGCACUGACGCGGGUGGCGGAGGAGCUCAACUGCAAAGAUUACUUAGACAACAACACCACCUUCGAGAGGAACUGCAUGCCACUCGACGAUCCUAUGGAGAUGAGAAAGCCCCACAAAGCCAACCCGAGCUUCAUGCCCAUCGUGGUGACUCACGCCCUCACCUUCCUCCUCGGGGUGUCUGGGAACAGCGUCAUUGUCUUCUCCAUGGCCAAAGACAAAGGCACCAGGAACGUCACCAGUUGGUUCCUGGUGUCGCUUGCCGUGGCCGACCUCCUAUUACUGCUGUUGUGCGUGCCUCUGGAGACCGUGCAGUACUUCCUAUGGGCGCCUCACCUCACUCUCCCUAUCUGCAAGCUUUCCUCUUACUUCGAGCUCCUGUCUGCAGUCGCCUCUGUGCUGAACCUUACGGCCGUCAGUCUGGAGAGGUACCUCGUUAUCGUGUACCCCAUGAGAUCACGCUCCUUCUGCACCCUGAGCAACUGUCGCAGGGCCAUCGUACUGGUGUGGUGCAUCUCCCUCGUGCUCUCCCUUCCCGCUGGAUACGCUCAGGACGUUUACUCUAUGACCUACUUCAACGCCACGCACAACGUCACGGUGUACCACUGCGCCACGGGGGGCGAGCUUGACCUCAUCUUCGCAGUGUACCGUCUCAUCAUCGUGUUCCUGCUGCCGGCGCUCUUCAUGUCCUUCUUCUACGCGCGAGUCAUUAAGGCGCUUUGGGUGUCCACCAGGACCAUGUCCGCCAUGACACGUGUAUACAGCUCCCGUUUUGAUUCUCGCUCUCGCUACAGCAUCUCGUCACACCACUCCCUGGCUUCGUGCUCUGUCACUUCCGGCCUCGUGCGGUCACAGUCAUCCCCUUCCGUGGCGUCUGGUCUCGCUGCCUUCCAUUCCUACUGCUCGGUUCGGCGCUGCGUACACCGCCAAAGGUCCGGAGAGGAGGUGAAGCAGGCCAGAAAACAGGUGAUCAAGAUGCUGAUUCUAGUGAUCAUUCUCUUCAUGGCGUGCUGGGGACCCAAGAUUGUGUUCUUCGUGUUCCAGAAAAAUGGCUUCUCUCAGGAGUCCUUCAAGCCGCUGGUCUAUAACAUGAGGAUCUGCCUUGGCCUCCUGCCCUUCAUUCACUCGUGUCUCAAUCCGAUCAUAUACAGCUUCAUGUCAACUAACUUCGGUCGGAUGGUGCGACGUACCUGUGCACGCGAGAACUGCUCCACGAUUCUCAACAACCUGUGUCUGGGAGCCGCAAAGUACAGGCCCAGGACGGAAGACCACGAGGUUGACAACACACCCGGAGUCCUCAUGGUGGCGCCCCCCUCAGAGCCCCUGUAUCUCGAAAAUGGUGUUGGAUAUGAUCUGGCCAACACUUCCUUCCUGGACCUGAACGGCCACACUCCAAGCAUCACCACCAACACGAGGCCAGGCGGGGAAGAGAACUAAAAGCGCGCCUAUCCCAGUCCAACAUCCCUUGAGACCCAUUCGCGCUAGAUAUCCGUGUGACGCGAUUCUGACAGAGGUUGGUGAAAAGCGUGAUGCGAAUGGGUGACGAGGUGAUGAGGAGACGAGGAUAAGGAGUAAAGGAAAAGGAAGGGAAGUUCAGCUGUGUGUCCUAAAAAUGUAAAGCUAUGAUAGUGAAGCGUCAUGAGAAGAUUUUUUGGCAAGAUAAUGCGUUCAUUUUUCUUAAAUACGUGUGUGUGUGUGUGUGUGUGUGUGUGUGUGUGUGUGUGUGUAUUUCGUUUUCUCUUUUCCGGUUGUACUAACUUUUCCUCUUCGCUCAGGUGGUGGUGGUGUGUUGUGUGAUAUUGUCCAGACAGUAACUGUGACUAUUACGUGUUGAGGGUUGAGUCUGGUGCCAGUGUGGAGAUAAACAAGUAAAGGGAGUUGGUACGAUUGAACACUAACACACCCCAUUGAUGUUUACGUGAAUAAAACACAAGAAAGAUGCUACGGAAGUGAGUGGCUGUGUCCUGCAAUACCUUCCUGUUAUGUGCGAUGGAUUUUCACCCUCGCUGUGAUAAGAGUAGGCCCGUUGUGUACCGUAACAAAGUGAACUCUUGUAUGAGUCACAGCACCUUCCCAUUGACGCUGGUGAGUUGUGAGGGACGGAAAGCUACGUUUUGAGUGUUAAUGUGAAGCUGAAGCCACGGCCACACUAACAACUCCUUUCAGCCUCGCCUUAAAGACAUCCUGAGCGGAGGACACGCUUUUAUCAGAAGCCUGCUCCGCGUAACCCCCCAUUAAAAGGCUCAAAUUGCUAGGCGGGAGGAGAUUUAGCCUUAAUAGAGAACACCUUUAUCGCAGCAAGGCCUGGUGUUACGAGGGGGCAAAGAGAGGGUAGUUUCCCCAUAAAGGUCAAGGAAGACACGCAGACACAAGGACAAACAGACUCCCAGACACACAGACACACAGACACAUUCCCAAAGCGCCUCGUAAAGAAAGAGGCGACUGUUCCUAAGAGUGUCUUUUUCGUCCUUCCUGACAUACACUGUAGUGAUGUCAAUUGAGGCGCGGCUGAUUAUGAUGUGCCUAGACUCACCAGCACACCACUACAUCACCACCAUCACUUCCUCCUCUUCCUCCUCUUCCCCACGGUGUAGCUAUAACUAGACCGUGCUCUUCCGCCUCUCGCACAACUUCCGGAUUGAAGUUUCGUGGUUGUUACCGUAAACUUUAAGAAUCUCUCUGUAAAGAUACAUAUCAUUAGUGUUUGAAUAUUGAGAAAUUUAUGACUACAUAAUAGUUACCCGUGUGUGUGUGUAUGUGUGUGUGUGUGUGUGUGUGUGUGUGUGUGUGUGUGUGUGUGUGUGUGUGUGUGUGUGUG